UCUCCAGGAGUUGCUGAGGUGAUGUUUGUGGAAAAGGAGCCAGCUGAACACCACACAAUCAUUUCAUGGGAGCAAAAAAACUCCUGCAUAUUGCCAGAGGAUUUAAAGAACCUCUAUAUGAUGACUGAUGGCUUCCAGAUGACCUGGAGUGUGAAGACUGAUGAUACCCCAAUGCCCCUGGGCUCCAUGGUGAUUAAUAGUGUCUCGAAGCUAUGUCGGCUUGGAGGUUCCUCUAUGUACACUCUGCCUAAUGCACCAACACUCGCUGACCUGGAAGAUGACACAGACGAGGAAGGUAAGGUCCUGUUAACAGGUAAUGGAGACAAACCAGAGAAGCCACACUUUGAUUCUCGUAGUCUUGUCUUUGAAUUAGACCCAUGCAAUGGGAAUGGGAAAGUUUGUCUUGUUUAUAAGCACACUAAACCAGUUGUCUCCCCAGACACAGAGAUAUGGUUCCUGGACAGAGCUCUGUAUUGGCAUUUCCUCACCAAAACCUUCACAGCCUACUACCGCCUGCUCAUUACCCACCUGGGUCUCCCGCAGUGGCAGUACGCCUUCACCAGCUAUGGGGUCAGCCCCCAGGCCAAGCAAUGGUUUAACAUAUAUAAACCCAUAACCGUCAACACAGCUCUCCUCUCUGAAGAAGCUGAUUCCUUUGUGAACAAGCUGGACCCCAAUAAGGUACUUAAAAGCAAGAACAAAACUCCAGUGAUCAAAAAGAAACCACCCUCCCAGCCAGCAGGCUCCCAAAAGAGCCACAUGAGCAUGACCUCCUCCAAGACAUCCUCACUAGCUGGGAAUUCUUCAAGGAAGUGAGACCUCCGGAUCUGACCCUGGACAGCAUUUGCAAUAAGCUUUGAUGUUCUCUGAUGCAGAGUCUCAGUGGUUCAGACCAAGUUCCUUGUGCAUGAAUAGAUGUGCCCAUGGAAAACAUAUUGCAGCAUUUGCAUGAAAUAUAGCCACAAUGUAC